AUGACAAACACAAACAGCAAAAUGGUUAAAGCAGUCAUCUUCACCGAUUUCGACGGAACAGUCACCUGGCAAGAUUCCAACGAUUACCUUACUGACCAUUAUGGGUUCGGUAAGGAAGCUCGUGCUAAGAUCUUCGAAGGUGUCCUUGAUGGUUCCAAAUCAUUCAGAGAUGGAUUCACUGCCAUGAUUGAUUCCAUUCAAACUCCAUUAGAAGAAUGUAAGAAGAUUUUGGAAACUAAGAUCCAAUUAGACCCAGGUUUCAAAGAUACCUUUGAAUGGGCUCAACAAAAUAAUGUCCCUAUCGUGGUCGUGUCUAGUGGGAUGAGACCAAUUAUUAAGGAUUUGUUGUCUAGAUUACUUGGUGCUGAUUCUAUUGAUAAGAUCGAUAUCGAAUCCAAUGAAGUCGAAGUCGAUGAGCAAAAUCAAUGGAAGGUUAUUUACAAAGAUGAAACUCCAUUCGGUCAUGAUAAAUCAAUUACUAUUGAUGAUUAUAAGAAGAAAUUUGAAUCUGGAUUGAAACAAGGUGAAACUAGACCAACUUACUUUUAUUGUGGUGAUGGUAUUUCUGAUUUAAGUGCCGCUAAGGAAUGUGAUUUGUUGUUCGCCAAGAGAGGUAAAGAUUUGGUCACUUUCUGUAAGAGACAAAAUGUCCCAUUCCAUGAAUUCGAUACUUAUGCAGAUAUUUUGGCUAGUAUGAAAGAUGUUUUGGAUGGUAAGAAGACUGUCACUGAAUUAAUGGAGAAUUAA